AUGAGCCUCAUGUCAGAGCACUUUGGCUCACUGAGCAUCAUACCAAAGGAAGUCAUGCAAACUUGUCUGAAAAGAGGGGUCCUCAUUGAGCAACUUGAACCUGAUGGUUCAGAUAAAGGGACCCAAGAAAGCGCAUCUAAUGACAAUGACAUUAAAUCAGUAGAAGUUCGAGCGGAAAUGGAGCCAUUUACAGUGGAAGAUCAACAACAGGAUGGAGGUUUUACAAUUUUCAAGUUCUCCCAGUUAGCUGCAUCUACGAAUAAUUUUUCAUAUCAGAAUAAGAUUGGAGAAGGUAGUUUUGGUCCAGUUUACAAGGGUGUAUUGGCAAAUGGGGUUCAUGUUGCAAUAAAGAAACGACGUGUAUUUCCUGAAAGGCUGAAAGCUGGUGUUUUCCUCUCCUGGCCUUUACGUUGUCGGAUAAUUGAAGGUAUUGCCCAAGGAGCUGCUUAUCUGCACCAUCACUCCCGACUAGGCAGCUUGGUUCAUGGGGACCUAAAACCAGGCAAUAUUCUGUUGGAUUGUGACAUGAAUCCUAGGAUUAGUGAUUUUGGCCUGGUUGAAGUCUUAGAAUCAGAAGAAGACGAGAAAGAGAUAGAUGCCAUAUCAGGGACUCCGGGUUACAUUGAUCCUUUAUUAGUCGAGAUACAAAGGAUCUCAACCAAAUCUGACGUGUAUGGCUUCGGUGCCACUUCUCUUGUGAUUAUGACUGCACAUGAUCCUCUUAUGGAAUUCGACACAGGAAGAAGUUUGGUUGGGCAUGCUUGGGAAUUAUGGUCGUCGGGAAGAGCAAUGGAGCUGAUAGACGAAGAGCAAUGGAGCUGA